ACAUGGCACCGGAACAGCACUUCCAAGCCAUCUCAGCCAUUUGUCACGGGACAGGGUCAACACCAACCCUUGUUUUCUGGUCCACUACCAUUCGAUGGAUAUGGAUUCGGUUUCGAUCUAUCUGGACCCUUGAGUUUGGGCACCUGGGAUGAAGCCAUGCUGUUGAGUCCCAGCUCGUGGCCAACCGACACCGGACCCUUCGCGAAUGUGAAUAUGCAUGCCGACCCUGUUCCGCAAUCUAUCCACCAUCUCCCACACACUCAGAGGCCUUCUGGUCAGAUUCUGGGAGUCACUACGACUGCGAAUAAUGGAGCGCGUGAAUUACCAGAGCGUAGACCAAACCAACCUGAUCCAGCUUCAACUUCACCGUUCUCGACCGAGGAUGCGCCGAAUGGACCGAACGAAGACCAUCUCUUACACACAUUUCUUCAAAUGCUCAUGCCGCCUAUCCUUACACCAGUGGAAAUUGGUCCAAAGUGGGCAUCCACCCGGGCCUUCUUUGCCACCCUGGCUGCAGAGUCACCUAUCGUCAAGAGUGCCAUCAUAGCAUUCGCCGCGAUGCAGAUGCAGCGUAGCGGGCUAGGUAACGACGUGGCCAAGGCAGAUUGGAGGCCUUUGUACGAAAUCGCAACUAGACAGGUAUCAAGCCGCCUGGCAAAGACGAGAGUAGUCGAAGACAGUAAUCUAAGACACAUGCUCGCCGCCCUUUUCUUGCUCACCUAUACCGAUUUACUUACGGAAAUGCUGCCGCGAGCCCACGCCAACUUACGAGAAGCAUACAUGCUUAUAAAGGGCGCGGACAAGAUCAAGUUCUCUGUCCCAGAACGCCGACUUAUUUCUUGGUUGCGUCUUCUCGAUGCACGAGCUAUCUCAACGGCAGGUGGUGAAGGGCUCUUUUUGGCGGAUACGGAUGAGACCAUCUUUGAUGCAUCGCCUGCUGCCAAUCCCGGAUCAGAACCAGACACGCCAGACACUGAGAUUGAGGAGAUCCUGUUUGAUGUGUUAUAUCACCCCGGAAUCAUCUUCUAUCAGAAAGUACAGUCUUUCGCCGGCCGCAUCACACGCAUUGACCCCUGGCAUCGUACACGCGGCACCGUUCAGGACGAGACGGAAGUGAUGGCUAUCGCAGCACAGAUCUCUAAGGAUCUGCAUGCACUUUACGGUCAGCGACCGGCAUUGAUGGAUCAUGCGGUCGCAGGAAACCUCACGGAGAAGCAUCUAGCCAAGAAUCUAGCAGAUGAGUCGCUGCCUGUUAACGUCUUGUGGCCUCUCCUCAUGUGGGGCUGCGAAGAGGAUGAUAACGAAGAAAGACGAUGGAUCAUUGACGCAAUUCGCGGUCUCGAGAGCAUCGCUACCAAUGCCAAGGCUACCGCCGAUCUGCUGGAAGAAGUACAAAGAAGGCAAGAUGAAGGCAAGAGAAGGGUUGACAAGGCACUUGUCAUCUCUGGCACAGAUCUGAGCCAAUCAGAUUGCAAAUCAUCCUCGGACCAUAGCUCCAAUCGGGAAAAUCUCCGCAACCUUCGAUUCGUAUCGCUUUGGGCUGAGACAACGCGUGCCAGACUUGGAACACUGCAUACGAAAUGGGCGGGUAAAGCCUGCCGUGAGCGUCAUAUCAAAUGUGUGAAGUUGCGCGACUCGGAAAAAUGCAAAUAUUGCACUGAGCGCAAAAAGCCAUGCGUUCGCGGCAAUGCCUUUCGCUUCCGCCCCGUCACAGCAGUGAAGUUCAAUGCUGGUGAAGACAUAGGUUCCGCCGAGCAAUCGCUCGAAUUUCGAGUGGGUCAGCAAUGGGUGGACAUCCCAAGUUCGUGUGCGUAUGCGACAGGUCCUAUCCAAAUACAGUGGCUGAUAAAAAGUGGCGUAGUGCACUUUGUUGAGCCCAACAAGGAUAGUGGUGACGAAGAAGAGCACGAAGCUGUGCCAGAAGGCGAAGCGAAUCCCGAAAGCACGUCCAACGAUGUUGAUGUUACUUCGAAUGGCCGACGACCAGACCAAAGUUUGGACGGAGUUUCCAGCGAGAGCCAACUGGCAUCGUCAUAUCGUGACGUAAACCCAUUUGCGACCGUUCCGAUUCCAGAAUUCGACGAUACUAGCGAUUUGCCGUCCAUCCACGACGUUCUCAGUACUACUCACAUCCCACCAUCCCUAGUUCAUGGCACUAGUGCUGGGAGCAACAACGCAUCGCAACAUAUUCGAGCCGCUUCUUCCAUAAACCCACUAGCAAACACUAGCCACUGGCAAGCAAGCCCUGGAUCACUUCAACGCCUGUCGCAGUCUCCAAGUGUGUCAAAAAAGAGUCCUUUCGGGUCAAUUACUAACAACCAGUCUCCUUACAACUCCACAGCGUUCAGUCCCUCCUCAGCACCACCACUCAGGUGGCCUGUGAAUAGCGCCCACGAAGCACGUCUUUUCCAUCAUUACCUGUUCUUCUGCACUUCGUGGAUCGACGUAUGCGAUCCACGAAGACACUUUGCUGUCGAGGUACCAAAACGUGCAGCCCACUUUCCUGUGAUUUUAAAUGGUAUACUGGGUGUUGCCGCAAGGCACUGCUGGUUGAUGGGUAAAGCCGCAGAUGUGUCGCAGCCCUACAUAGAUCAGUGCUUACAAGCGCUGAUCGUGGCGCUUGAGGAUCCGCUGGCACAUUGGGACGAGAACUUUCUUAUCGCUGUUAUUCUGCUUCGUCUUCAUGAGGAAAUGGGCGAAUCCGAUGAACACUGCCACCAUCUGGGUACUGCCCGUAUACUAAACAGUAUCUCAUCCUUCGCCGCAGACGGCGGCCUCCGAGAAUCGGCAUCCUGGGUGUCUCUUCGCCAACACAUCUAUGUCUCUCUUACGACCCAAAAGCCCCUCAACCUCAGCCUCGAUAACUACCGCCACUCUGCCGUGUUCAGCGAGUUCGACGACGAAAGCUGGGCCAAUCGCAUCAUAUUUCUCUUCGCUAACGUCCUGCAAGCCGUAUUUGGAGGCAGCAACAACGGAAGCGAAAACGUUAGUCGGGAAACAUGGAAAGACUUGAGCGACGAGGUAGAUGAAUGGGAGCGGACAAAACCCUGGACGUUUUCUGCUUUCCAUGUCGAGCCUGACGCAGGUGAUCGGUUCGAAGGAAGUUGGCCCGAACAGCUCUGCCCGUCAGGCGUUGUAGCAGUCGGUCUACAGUACUACCACCUCUGCAAGAUACUGUUGACUAUAUACUCGCCUAAUGCCUCCCUGGUGGGGCUCGCCGGUGUCCGUGCCAGAAAGUCUACCGAUGCAGCCAUUCGCAAGCACAUGAGGAUAACGAUAGGAUACGGUGUGAGUAAUAGUCACUGUGGAAAUGCCAUGUUCCAGGGUAGUCAUAUUCUAAGUGCAUGUGGAGCGUAUAUCAUCGAUCCGAGGGAGCAGCAGGCUUGUGUGGAGUAUCUGGAACAGUUGCAGAAACUGAUAGGGUGGAGGACGGAUGGCGUGUUGAGAGACCUCAGAGAACAAUGGACAAUCUGA